UGUGUGUUGGGGGGGGGGGGGGGGGGGGGGGGGGGCUGAGUGAUGUGAAGGCUUGGGGAACAUCUCGCUGUCAUACAGCGGUGCUGAACGGCACGGGGAGCGAGCAGAGCGCGCGGUUCCGUGGUCGGUGUUUAGUGAAGUCGACGAUAUGACACAGCGGCGCAACACGCACGCGGGAUGUCACCAGUUUAAAACACAAAAAUAAUGCAUCAUAAUAUUCAGAUGGGAAAAUAACUAGUUUCAGUUAUCGAGCCAUCGCGGUUUGUAGAAUUAUUAUUGGAUACAACUGCAGCCCAACAAGUGGACGUGGACUUGGAGCGUCUCGAGCCGUGAUGGAGGAGCCGCGGGACGCUAACAGUCCGGAUAGCAGCGGAGCAGAGAGCCCCUCUCCCAGCCUCCCUUCGCCGCCGAUCCUGCCGCUCCAGGCCGCCCAGCAGGCCCACAGGACCACCAACUUCUUCAUCGACAACAUCUUGAGGCCGGACUUCGGCUGCAAGAAGGAGCUCGCGAGGGAACGGGCUCAGAGCUCGAGCCGGGAACGGGGGGGUCUCCCGGUGGUCCGACCCACCCACCCGGGCACGCCUUGCCAGGACUCCAACUGCAGUAGUGACAGCACCUCGUCGUCCUCCGCUGCCUCGUCCCUCGCGCUGUCGCCAAGCCCCAAGAAAAGCUCGAGCUCCGCGGCGGAGGACGGCUCGGGUGGCGGGGGGGGCGGCGCGAAGUUCGGGGACACAACGUCCUCCUCCUCGGUGGUCCUGAACGGGACCGGCGGCAGCACGACCCCCACGCCCGAGACGCAGCCGCUGCUGUGGCCCGCGUGGGUCUACUGCACGCGCUACUCGGACAGGCCGUCAUCUGGUCCAAGGACACGGAAAUUGAAAAAGACGAAAAACGAGAAGGAGGACAAGCGACCCCGGACGGCGUUCACGGCCGAGCAGCUGCAGCGGCUGAAGACCGAGUUCCAGGCCAACCGCUACAUCACGGAGCAGAGGAGGCAGUCUCUGGCCCAGGAGCUCAGCCUCAACGAGUCGCAGAUCAAGAUCUGGUUCCAGAACAAGAGAGCUAAAAUUAAAAAGGCGAGCGGCUUCAAGAACGGCCUGGCGCUCCAACUCAUGGCGCAAGGAUUAUACAACCACUCCACGACCACCAUUCAGGAAGACAAGGAGGAGAGCGACUAGUUUGUUUAUCUGACAAUGAUACAAGAAUCCCAGCCCUUGAAAUCACAUUUUAUGAACAGUAGAAGUACUGCGGGCCUAUAGUGAUCAUCCGGGUUGCUGUUAUGAAGAGGUCUCCGUUCAUUAGGCCUCGACUCGCGUGGACUUCAAUUAGGUGUGAAUUGGGUAAAACGUCUGCCCAUAGGCGACCGCACACGCGCGGCGCGGUGGAAGAUCCCUCGCCAAUUAUGGGACUGUGUACAUUGUAUAUAUCUAAUUUAAUUAACAGUAUGGGAGAGACGUCUCACGCCAUACUACCUUUGAAAAAAGGGUUGAAUAUCUUAUAGGUCUACUGUUUCGUGAACUCGUGAACAAACUGACUAAUGGGACUUGUGUGACCUGACACCACAAACCAAAGAUUUUAUUGGAAAACAAAGCCUGGAAAAAAGGACCUUUUGAUGAUCUCGUUUAGCCGAUUCCUCCUUCUUGAGUUAGGAGUUGGCGUAACAAUCAGCACUGAAGCCCCCCCCCACACACACACACACACACACACACACACACACACACACACACACACACACACACACACACACACACACACACACACACACACACACACACACACACACACACACACACACACUAACAUACCCACACAAUACACACACACCCUCCAAAUCAACUCCUAUCUAUAAUCAUAUAUUGGCUUUUCGUUUGUUGAUGCGAGCCUCCAACAGGCCGAUCGAGCACCCGGGGGCCCGAGGCCCGAGAGAAUAAAACAAAUCGUCUGGACGCUCUGACGUUGCAUUCCACAAGUGUUUGGCAGCGAAGAUACGAGAGCGCGUUCAUACCAGGAGCGCGCGGUGUUGGUGAACGAUGUGCAACGCACCCUGUCCUGAUCUCCAGAGAGGGAGACGUUCGGAUUGGUUUGACCAGUCGCAGGGGGCUCCUUAAAAACCUUCGAUAGGCUAUUGGUCCCAUCCAGUAGCAGGCCCCUCUCUGAUGAAACCACAUGGCCGUCCCCAGAGAGAAGGACCCUCCUCAUAGGCCUGUAUGUCUCAUGUGUAGUUGGUGCCUUCGUUAUAACUGGCGCUGAAACAUGUUGGGGGAACACCGCCACCCCAUCACUAACCCCCACAAUCUGAUGUGCAAAACAUCACGUGCGUCCUUUAUUGUGACGACCCGUUUAUUUUUAAAGUCCCGGCCUGUUCCUCGGGGGCCACAUAGGUACUCUGUCCUCGGUAGACGGCGUCACGACAGCCGAUAUCUGAAGAUGGUGCGGGAAGAAUAUAUGAUGUACAUUUUAACCAUGUUUCCAAAUAAAACACUUUUAUAUUGAAAAAAUAGGAAACAUGCGGAUGGGCUGUUUUUUUCUCUCUCUCUGUCUUCCAGAGUUGAAAGAGCCCCGCGCGCUCUUUCAGUUCUGAUCUAUUUUAAUUAAGAACCGGGGUGUGCACGCGGGGCGCGCCCCUGUGUUCUUCUAUUUGGGUUCGCAGCUCGUUGGUUCAGUGAGUGGGACAACUGAAUCCAUAUUCAUGUAAAAAAAUAAAUAAUCUGAAAUGCAGGGGAUUUAUCCAGCGAGACGCAGCGAUAUCUGGGCUGUUGAAAAGGUUGCAGAGCAUGAAAUUGCCUCGCAGUGCACUCCGUCUCUCCUGUGUUCACUCAUUUCAUCCGACUCUGUAAAUGUCGAAAUAUAGCACAUAAUAACAUGAUAGUAUCCUGCUUUCUCUCUCCCGGUAUCAAAGACAGCACGGCUGUCGCGCACGUGAACCGGUGCACGGACAGAAGGUCGCGAGGUUACGCGCGCAACCGAUCUCAAGGUCACGGAGAGGCCUGUGCGGUCAACAUUAAGACCGAUAGAAAACUCGUUUAAAUACAUCCAUUAUAUCCCUUUUUAACAAUAAUUGUAAGGUUUGAAGCGAUGAGUAGGCUAUAUUAUUAUGUCCAGUCUUGUCGUGUUUUAGGUCAGUUGUCAAAUAUCCGAUCAGGAAGUAAAUUUGUUAGGCUAUUAGUCAUCACAUCUGACCACAAUAGGUUAUAAUGUAUACACAAAUAGUUUCACUAUUGCAAUAUCGUAAUUUUUUAAGCUGACUUUAUAAAAUAAAUAUUUGUUUGCAAUAUUGAUCAAAAACCACAGAAACCAAUAACAUGAUCAUCUUUUAUUGGAAGUCUUUUAAAUGUUUAAUAUUGGCCUUGUGUGUGUGUGUGUGUGUGUGUGUGUGUGUGUGUGUGUGUGUGUGUGUGUGUGUGUGUGUGUGUGUGUGUGUGUGUGUGUGUGUGUGUGUGUGUGUGUGUGUGUGUGUGUGUGUGUGUGUGUGUUUGAGAGAGAGAGAGAGAGAGAGAGAGAGAGAGAGAGAGAGAGA